AUGGCUACUCAUGAGAAGCUGCUUGAGUACUUCACCGCCAUGGACGCCGCCGGCGCUGUGAUAGUCAAAGAAACCCCAAAGCUAGAUCUGGAGACAUAUAUCCAGAAUUACAAUGGCAGGACACGAUUUGAUCGCUUGAUGCUGAUCGGACAAUGUUCGGUCGUACUUUGCAUCGAUGCUCUCAAAGCUGCUGUGGCCGAAGCUAAACGCGGCAAGGACGUUGCUCGGUAUCGAGAGGCUGUUGAUCUCCUGCGUCAGGCUGCACCAAACGAGCCUGAGGCCAAUCUUGAUAGGCAGUGGAUUGAUAUGACGGAAAAGUCUAACAGGGAAGAGACGAAGCGCCUUGAGCAGGAAUUAAAGGGCUACAAAAACAACCUUGUGAGGGAAAGCAUCCGGAUGGGCAAUGAGGAUCUUGGCAAACAUCUUGAGGAAAUAGGGAACCUUGCGGAUGCUUCCGAAGCAUACUCACGAAUGCGUCCUGACGUCAGCACAUCAAAGCAGGUGGCCGACGUCGGCAAACAUCUCAUCCGUGUUGCCCUCCAAAAGCGUGACUGGACCGCCGUACAUUCCAGCCUUAGCAGGAUCGCAGGUCUUCAAAGCCAACUCAGCGAGGAUCUAGGAUUUCCAACAUACAUUAGAGUUAUGGACGGACUGGCAAACCUUGGCCAGGAGAGGUACAAGGAGGCCGCUGCAGCCUUUCUCAAGGCCGACCACUCGGCGCCUGCCUCAGCAUAUGCCGAUGCCAUGAGUCCAAACGACGUUGCCAUCUACGGCAGUCUUUUGUCGCUCGCCACCAUGGACCGCGUUGCCAUCCAGACCAACGUGCUGGAGAAUAGCUCAUUCCGGUCCUUCCUGGAGCUAGAGCCACAUCUGAGGCGAGCCAUCACGCAGUUUGUGAAUGGAAGGUACUCGUCAUGCUUGGAGAUCUUGGAGAGCUACCGUAGCGACUACCUACUCGAUAUGUACUUGCAGAGGCAUGUUCCCGAGCUGUUUCUCCAGAUUCGGAGCAAAUGCAUCUCACAGUACUUGCUCCCGUUCUCAUGCGUUACUAUCGCAAGUCUCGACGAGUCGUUUGCAGUAGAUGGCGAGUCUAUAGAAGAGGAGCUUGUCACUAUGAUCAGCAAUGGUACUCUUGAUGCUAGGAUCAACAGUGUGGAUAAGCUCGUGACGGCCACUGCCGUGAAGCCCAGGAUCCAAAUGCAGCUUGCAGCGUUGAAGGCGGCUCAACAGUACGAGACAGAGGCAGCAGAGAGGCUGAGGCGGAUGAACAUCUUCGCCGCCGAACUCGAGGUCAAGAACAACAAUAAACGAGGCAUGACCGCGGCCGAUACUGAGUGGGAAGGAAGCCCUGCAGGGAUGGCAUCAGUCUUUUGA